CCAAGAAGAGCCACAUCGUAAUCCAACAGUGGACGACCUGUCUCAUGUUUGUAUCCCAGGCGCGUAUCCAGGAUUCGUUUACAGGAAGAGGUCAUGGUCACAUGGCCCGCAUUUCGCCUGCUGAUAGACGGUUUGCGCUUGAAAUACUCUAAUCAUCAGGAGGCGUGUUAUGAAGGGCGUAAGGCUGAUGGGGUGGGGUGGGUGUGUGUGUAUUGAAACCGACGGCCGCCACCCACCCGUGCGUGUGCGGGCGGCGGACCGUCCGCGAGGGCUCAGAUGGGAGAUGGGGCUGCGCCGGCUCGCGCCGCCCAGUUUUAGACUUGGGCACUGUCAGUCGAGACGAGGCGGGCUGGGCUAGGCUGGCGUCAGCCCCAUCGGCGGACGUGCGAGCGGCGGGCCAGGCAGUGUGGUGUGGAGCAGGCCGUCUCCGCGACGAGUCCUCCGCGCAGUCCGCGGCGCGGACUCCCAGAUACGCACAGAAGUUUGCGACAGCUUUCUGAGUUCAAGUAAAGAGGAUGGUGCCCGCGCGGUACGUGUUCGCCGUGCUCGGCUCCAUCGGCUUCGCCAUCAUCUACGGCCUCAAGGUGAACCUGAGCGUGGCCAUCGUGGCCAUGGUCAACCACACGGCCCUGGCGGCCCUGGCGCAGGGCGGCGCGGAUCGCGCGGGAGCGGCAGACUCCCCGGCGGCGCCCGCCUGCUCGUCGGACCCUGGCAGCCCCACCGAGAGUCUGGAGGACGGCCCGUUCGAGUGGAGUGAGACGACGCAGGGCUACAUCCUGGCCUCGUACUUCUGGGGCUACAUGGUGACGCAGAUCCCCGGAGGCCGGAUGGCGGAGCUGCUGAGCGCCAAGUGGGUCAUGUUCGCCGCGGUGCUCGUCAACGCCGUGUGCACGCUGCUCACGCCGCCCGCGGCCGCGCUGCACGCCGGCGCCCUGCUCGCCAUGCGCAUCGGCGAGGGACUUGGCGCGGGGCUCACCUUCCCCGCCAUGCACGUCAUGAUCUCCAAGUGGGCGCCUCCGGACGAGCGCAGCGUCCUGUCCUCCGUCAUCUACGCGGGCACGGCGCUGGGGACGGUGGUGUCCAUGCUGCUGUCCGGGGUCCUGGCCGGCGCGCUGGGCUGGGCCUCGGUGUUCUACGUGAUGGGCGGUCUGUCGCUGGCGUGGUGCGUCCUGUGGCUGCUCCUCGUCGCGGACUCUCCCGCGCAGCAGCGGGGCAUCUCGGCCGCCGAGCGGGCGUACAUCGAGGAGGCGCUGGGGCACUCCCCGGGGCAGCAGCGCGCGCGCCGGGAGGCUCCUCCUCCGGUGCCCUGGAGAAGUGUCUGGACGUCUGGGCCAUUCUGGGCCAUCCUUGUCGCUCACUUCUGCAGCAACUUCGGCUGGUACAUGUUACUGAUUGAGCUGCCAACUUACAUGAGACACAUACUUCGGUUUAGCAUUAAAGAGAAUGCUGGCCUGUCUGCGCUACCCUUCCUAUUGAUGUGGUUUUUCAGUAUGUUCCUUGGAAGACUUUGGGAAUGGUCUACUAAGAGAGGCUCUUUAUCCACUUCGUCAUCCAGGAAGAUUAGCACAGUGAUUGCUUCCAUAGUUCCAGCUCUGUGUCUGAUUGGUGUGAGCUUUGUAGGCUGCGACCGACCUUUUGUGGUUGUUUUGAUGUCAGUUGCAGUGAUGAGUGUUGGAGGAAUGUUCUCUGGAUUUUUAUCAAACCACAUUGAUAUAGCUCCAAACUUUGCCGGUACAUUGAUGGCAAUUACUAACACUUUUGCGACUAUUCCUGGAUUUGUUGUUCCAGUCUUUGUUGGACAAGUGACCAAUGGAAAUCAAACAAUGUCUGCGUGGCGCACAAUAUUUCUUACCACAGUCGGACUCUUCAUCUGUGAAGCAGUUGUAUAUGUCUUCUUAGGAUCCGGUGAAGAACAGAGUUGGAAUAAUAUUAAGAAGUCAGAGGAGAAGCUCAAAGAAGAAAGAAUAAAUGCAGAAAAUGCCUGAAAAGCUAAAUCACAGUGUUUAAGUUUUAAUUUAUCUUGGCCAAUUUUAGCUUCUCUGGGUGGUGCAUCCUUGUGAAAUGGAUUCCACUGUGCUGGUCACCAUAAAUCUUAAUAACAACAUUUUAAAAAUUUCUUACAAAUGUUGAAUUGAUAAUAAUUUUAUUUUAAAAUUUACUUUAAAGUAUACAUUAUGAUAAUUAUAUAAAAUUCUAAAAAUAGAUCUAUUUACAGCACCUAUACUUGAGGCCUAUAAUACCAUUUGAAAGCUUAAAAUAAAUGCAUUUUAUACAGGGCGGAAGUUACAUUAUAGGUAUUAUGAUGACAACUGAAAUUUAAACUAACCAGCAGUACUAUGUGCAGAGAAACUGAGCAUACACAUUUUAUUUAUUUAUGAAAGCACUUUAAAGACUGUUUUAGCAAGUAACCCAAAUGUUACUGUUUUUCAGGUAUAGUGAAAAAUAAAUCUGUUGUCUCUAUAGUU